UGUAUCCUCGAGGCAUCUCGCGCUUGAUUUCUCGUGACACGCGCAUAACACUGUUACGUCACAUAUCCACAAGUGCUGGUAGUAAAGCUGCAAUAGCUUGUGACGGUAAGCGGCUUUUUGUACCUGCAGGGGCCGUCAGUGUUCUGUGUUAGUAGGUUGACAGAACAUAUUUUGGUUAUUGCAGAGUUAGGUUCUAAUUCUUUAGUUCACGUUUCUGAUGUUUAGACUAACGAUACAACGUUCUUAAAUUCAACUUUAAAGCCUGGACUGCAGUGAGACCUCAAAGAAGGGGAAUAAAGCAACGAUUUUCUUUACUAGCUAAUAUCGUUGAAGCCCCUUGGUGAGCUUGAGGAAAAUCAUCAUGACAACAAGCUGUAGAAGGAAUACGACAGUCUUGAUCAAAUACACGUUGUUUUCGAUGAAUUUCACUUACUGGGUACUAGGAGUAGCGAUGGUAGCCAUGGGACUCUAUGUUUACGUCGACAACAUGCAACCAGUGAGACACGUGUUUCACGUCAUACUUGAUCCGGCUAUUGCAAUGAUGCUUGUUGGAACAGCAGUGUUUUUUACAGCCACUUCUGGAUGUGUGGGGGCGCUGAGGGAGAAUGCGUGCCUUUUAAAAACGUACGUUAUUACCCUUGUGCUGCUAGUGCUGAUACUAUUAUCAAUCGGGUCUCUCGUGGUACUAGUGAUGUACACAGACAUAAAUCUGAACAUCAGCCCCGAGCCCCUCCUGCGCCAUGCCCUGGUCAUGUACCGAGAGGAUUCAGAACUGGAGCACCUUGUCAACUACGUUCAAAGCUCUCUUCACUGUUGUGGUGUGGGCCCAGCUGGUUACAGAGAUUGGUCCAUUAAUCCAUACUUCAACUGUUCUUGGGCUAAUAAAAGUCCAGAACGAUGUGCCGUGCCUUUUUCGUGUUGCAAGUUUACUAUGGGGGAGCUCGUGAAUUUGAUGUGUGGCUAUGACAUAACAAAUACUUCAUCAAAGGCCCAAGAGGAUGUGGAAGAGAAAAUAUAUACUGAAGGAUGUUUUUUGAAGAUUGAAGAACUCUUGAAAAACAAUGCCAUCCUUCUUGGUAUACCAGCCUUUACUAUAGUUGUUCCAUUGGUUUGUGGAAUCGUGUUGGCAACUCGGCUGCUAGCUAGGAUACAGACUCUGACUAAGGAUGAAGAGAUGUACGAAGGUAUUUUAAGAUGAUCUCUAUGUUCAGGAAAAAGCCAUUGAACCUUGUCUUAUAUAGAGAUACAAUAUCGUGGGCAACCUUUUUUUCUUUAAGCAAGAGAGAGAUUCACUGCAAAAAAAUAAAGCUUUCUUAGAAAACUAU